AUGCCCGACUUUUUCAAAAAAGAGGCCGAAGACGGUUCUCUUGUUAAAAACUCAAAUGAAAUCAGCUCGCUACAAGAUACCGAAAAUGAUGCCGCCGUGGUGAACAUUGACCAGAACAAAAAGCAGAUCGGUAUCAUUUCGUCAAUUUUCCUUGUCACUAACCGUAUCAUUGGAGCAGGUGUUUUCUCCACCGCAUCCACCAUUUUGAAUCUUUCUGGCUCCGUUGGCACCUCCUUGAUCAUGUGGGUCAUCGGCUCCCUCAUCGCCUUUACUGGUCUACUUACGUAUAUGGAGUUGGGUUCUGCCAUCCCAAGAAACGGAGGUGAAAAAAACUACUUGGAGUACAUUUACAGAAAACCUAAGUUUUUUGUCACCGCCAUGUACGCCUCCUACGUUUUCUUCCUAGGUUGGGCUGCUGGUAACUCGGUGGUGACUGGUGAGUUUUUGCUCAAUGCCGCAGGCAAGGAAGUGACCAAGUGGAACUCAAGAGCCAUUGGCAUUGGUGUGAUCACGUUUGCGUUUUUGGUCAACGGUCUCCACGUGAAGAGCGGGUUGUUUUUGGCCAACGUGCUUGGUGUGUUCAAGGUGGUUGUGAUUCUCUUCAUUUCCGUCACUGGGUGGGUCGCCUUGGGUGGAGGCAUCAAGAACAAGGAAUUCCACAACCCUCACAACUUCACAGACGCUUUCAGCGGUACAACGCCGACUGGCUUUGGUAUCGUCAAUGCCUUGUACAAUAUCAUUUGGUCGUACGUGGGCUACUCGAAUGCCAACUACGCUUUGGGCGAAAUCAAGAACCCCGUCAGAACCUUGAAGAUUGCCGCUCCCACCGCUUUGAUCAUCAUCACCAUUCUCUACAUGUUGGUCAACAUCGCCUACUACUCUGUGGUGCCUGCUGACGAGAUUCGUAACUCGGGUAGAAUUGUGGCUUCAGCGUUCUUCAGAUACGCUUUCAACGAGAAGGCCGAGAAGGCUGCCUCUGUAAUUGUGGCUCUUUCCACCUUGGGCAAUGUCUUGUCGGUGAUUUUCUCCCAGGGUAGAAUCAUCCAGCAGUUAGGUCGUGAGGGCAGUUUGCCAUUCUCGAGGUUUUUCGCUACUCAAAAACCAUUCGACACUCCAUUUGUGGGUCUCUUCCAGCACUGGGUCGUCUGUAUUGUCACCAUUGUGGCUCCUCCCCCAGGUGACGCUUACAACUUUGUAUUGAACUUGAUCUCGUACCCAUUGAACGUUGUCAACACAUUUGUGGCCUUGGGUUUGUUAUGGCUUAAAUGGAACAGCUACAAGGGCAGGACCACAUGGAAGGCCCCAAUCACCACUCCUUUCCCCAUUGUUGCCUUCUUUUUCCUUUCGUCGUUAUACUUGAUCGUGGCCCCAUAUAUCCCACCUUCCGAUGGUCAGAAGGUGUACAACAGUUUGCCAUAUUGGAUUCAUCCAGUUGUUACUUGGGCUGUUUUUGCUGUUGGCGCUCUUUACUGGCUUGUAUGGGUGAAGGUGUUGCCUAGGAUAGGUGGUUACACAUUGGCCAGUAAGGAGAUUCUUGGUGAGGAUGGAUACUGGAGAAACAAGUUUUUCAAGAUCCCUCACGGCGAAAUAAUGGAAGACCUGGAGCUCAGUGAAGCGAAGCCGGUGGAGUAA